GCCGCCGACCCGCCGCUGUUCGCCUCUUCCGAAACCGGCGCCGAAAUCUUUUGGCCGAUUUCUGGGUCUACGUGGGGUCCAAAAUGUCUUCGGUCAAGAUUUUUCGUAGGCCGAGGAGUAUGGGUAUUUCGCCAGCCGGAGAACCGCAAAGGGGCAUUUCUUGCUCCUGUUCUCAUUUUUCCCUCCGCCAAGGAAUUCACAAGUCCAUUUGACCGUCCGGAAGGUUCCAUCACGGCAUCCACUUCCCCGAUUCCCGGCCUCCGAGUUGCGCCCCACGAUGGUUGAACCUAAAACCGAUGGCCCCGAUCCCGGGACCGGCGCUGUGCCUGCUCCGAGUUCUCGGACCGGACAGGAGAAUCUCGUGCUUCCACUGGGGGAGAACGCACCUGCGGAGCCCUACAGCAUAUUCACUCGCAAAGAGAAGUGGUUCAUCGUCGCGAUGGUCGCUGUCGCGGGUUUCUAUAGUCCGCUGCCGGCAAACAUUUACUUACCUGCGAUCCCUAAACUAUCGGAAGCAUUUGGCAAGUCCGUCGAGCUCCUCAACUUGACAGUCACAGCCUUCCUUGCGACCCAAGGUGUCUCGCCGAUGCUAUGGGGACCUCUCUCCGACCGUUACGGAAGGCGACCAGUGUUUUUAGUCUGCCUGACCAUCUUGAUCGGAGCGUGUAUAGGAAUAGCCGUGAUUCCUACGGACGCUUUCUGGCUCUUAAUUGUCCUCCGCUGUCUACAGGCUGCAGGCUGCGCUAGCACAAUUGCCCUCGGAGCGGGUGUCAUUGGCGAUAUUUCGACUCCUGAAGAGAGAGGAGGGUUCUUUGGCACGUUCAACCUCGGACCCAUGCUCUCACCCUGCAUCGCUCCCGCAAUUGGUGGUGCUCUUUCCGAUAAACUUGGAUGGCGUUCAAUCUUCUGGUUCCAAGUCAUUAUGGCUGUUUGCUGCCUUCUAUUCAUCCUGUUGUUCCUUCCAGAGACUCUUCGAAACCUCGUUGGCAACGGGAGUAUCUCUCUUGGCGGGAUUUACACCCCUCUGUUGCCCAUCGUAGGUAGAUCUCGAAGGAAGAACAAGACCCAGCGCAACAAGUCUGGUGUCCGGCGGUCAAUCAACCCUUUCGUUAUCCUCGUAUAUCCCGAUGUCGCCAUAACCCUAACCUUCACGGGCGUCGUUUAUGCAGUCAACAACACUGUCGUGACGACGGUCGCCUCUUCCUUUGCCAAAGUCUACCCUUGGCUAUCCGAAACCGCACUCGGGCUAUGCUACUUACCUACAGGAUUUGGCAUGAUCGUUGGCAGCACCCUUACCGGCAAGUUUCUCGAUUGGGACUAUGCUCGUAUUAAGAAGACGGUCGAGGAAUCUGACGGCGCUAUUAUGUUCCCUAAGGAGUAUGCACGUCUGAGGACCAUGCCGGCGUUGCUAGUGCUUUUCUCCGGAGCUGUGAUAGCAUGGGGCUUUUGUGUCGAUCGAGGGGUUCAUAUCGCUGUCCCUCUCGUCCUUCAGAUCGUCUUGGGAUAUACGUCAAUUGCUAUUCUCAACACGACCAUGACUCUCAUGAUCGACAUCCUACAAACGAGAAGCUCGGCAGCGACAGCAUGUACAAACCUCGUGCGAUGCUUGCUGGCAGCCCUCUUGGUGGGUCUCAUUGACAGGAUGACCGCCGCCUUGCGCAUCAGCUGGAGUUACGUUCUACUUGGCGGAGUUUGUGCUCUUCUUCUUCCCCUCAUGUACAUUGAGAUGAAGGUUGGUCCCAAGUGGAGAAUGAGGCGAGACAUGAAGUCUGUGGACGACUGAGGAAAGGAUAUGAGUUUUGACAUUUAUGCCUCCAUACCAGGAACGGCACCACACACGAUCAAAUAACCAACCAUGUUAUGCUACUGCCCAACCAGACUUCAAAUGUGAUAUCGCGUCUUUCAUAGACACCACAUCAGCAUACUUGGAGUCAAGAUCGAACAGAUUGGCAUUUUGAAUCUCCUCGCUGCGAUCACCGCACGCU